AUGUCGGGGAAAGCAAAAGCACAGAACGCAAAUAGACUAAUAAUUGAAUUUAUCGAAAAAAAUCCCGACAUCAUAAGAGGAUUUACAAAACGCAAUAAGCCAAUUCAUGCAUUAUGGCAGGAAUUAACGGAAUCCCUUAAUGCUGCAGAUCCACCUCAUAAAGAUGUCUCCGGGUCGAAAAAGGUCAUAACUGAGUGGAAGAGCGAAAUCAAAAGAAAAUUAGCAAAACCAAAUUGUCGAGCAACAGGAGGUGACCCCUUUUCUAAAUAUCAGCUCACUAAAAAUGAAGAAACAAUUGUGCGUCUUUGUGGCACUCCGCAAAACGUGGAAGGCAUACCAGGCGUUUCUCUUGGCACCCAACCAGUCAAUGAGAAUGUAACUGUUGCAAUUGUAGGGGUGAAGAGCAACUACUUGUAG